ACAAUGUCUGUGGAAUGUGUUGUGUGUGGGGAUAAGAGUAGCGGAAAACAUUACGGACAACAUACGUGUGAAGGAUGUAAGAGUUUUUUCAAACGUUCCGUUCGCAGAAAGUUGACCUACACUUGUCGCGGGAAUCGUCAGUGUCCAAUUGAUAUACAUCAUCGAAAUCAGUGUCAGUAUUGUCGAUUUCAAAAAUGUGUGAAAGCUGGAAUGCGUAAAGAAGGUGAGUUUCAUGGUUUCCAUUGGACAAUCCAGUUCCAAUCCAGAGCGCAAUUCACCUUUAGGCGUGGAUAUUAA